CUUGAUGGUGGUGGUCGCCGAUGUGUUCAGCGCUGAGGAGGCGGAGCUCGUAGCGAUGCAGUUCUCGCUCGCAAACCGACGAAAUGCCCGCGACUUGGACAAACUAGAAGCCACCGUACUCUUUAAGGAACACGCCCCAGAGUUUUCCCCUCACGACCUCAAAACGAUCUUUGCUGGAAUCGAGGCAAAAGGAACGUUCCAACUCAACGUCAACGAAUACUUGGAGAUCAAGGCAAACAAGAAAAUCGAGCUCGAGGCUAUCGACGAGGAAGAUUUGAAGCGCCACUUUACUGUUCUAGACUACCACGGCAAUGGGUCACUCGUGGCGACUGAAAUCACCGAAGCAUUGGAAAAGACGGGGGACUCAGGAGUGGAUGUGCUGAAAGAGGCCAUCCAACACGCUACGACACUGUCGACGGAUGGGACGAUCACGUUUGAGUUGUUUCGCGUGGCGAUUCACGAUAUGAAUCGAAAGAACCAAGCGGCGAUUGCGGCGGGUAUGAUAAGGAUCUAUCGAUUGCAGGCCAAGUUGCAGGAACAAGCGUUGAAACGAAGAGCGUCCAAUACCCACGAGACGUCGAUUCAAAUCGAAUACCAAGUGCUCGUCGCCCAAACCCAGCGGCAACAGGCUCAACUCAUCACAGCCCAGAACGACCUAUUCUCGAAGGUUUAUGGUAUCAUCGUCGCGCAAUACAUGUGCCAAACCCGCGUUCUCCAAGCAUUCCGAACGUUCUUUGACCAUUUGCACACCGAAGACAGCCACCUCUUCCGCCACAACCUCGAGAAAAACGGCCGCGUCGUGGCCGUCCAUCCUAGCUUUCUCCUCACUCCUGGUCCUGUCAUUGAACAAUCGCCUGCGUAUGCCGACUUGUGCAACUUUAUGAUCCCAGACAUGGUCUACGACACGGACAACCACGGACCGCUCUUUACCAACCGCGCGUACCGCAAGAUAUUCCUGUGGUAUUGUCUCUUGGGCAGUUUGACCAAUUUGCAAACGAUGGGGCGGACCAACUUUCUUCGAUUUGCGCGCGACUGCCGCGUCGCCGACCUCAGCGACCGACCGAUCUUGGACGCGGAUUUGGAUGCAUGUUAUGUCGUGGCGAUUCGGGAGCCUCGCGUGGCGCCCCCCCAGAAACGGGUGGUGGACAGCGAGUCGUUCCAUUUUCACUUCAAGCCGACGCCGCCGUUAUUUGAACACACGACCAAGCACCACUCGAACACACAUGGGGGCGGCAUGACGUUCAAGCAAUGGGUGCACGGCACCACGCUGCUGCUCUGUCGAUGUCUAAACCUAGAGGAAUGGCCCAGUACGCUUAAAACGGAUGAACUUUUUCGCGAAUACAUUUUACCCCACGCAAAUCAACUCCAGACGCAACCACUUGGACCUGAAGUGUCUCAGCCCGAAGUCAUGCAGUUCAUUCGCAACCACGUGUGGCCUUUGAAACAAAUCUUUUCCCACUUUGCAGGCCAUAGCAUGACAUCGAUCGAGCUGCAUCAAGGACUUUCACUGCGGGACUUUAUUCACUUUGCACGAUGUUUUGACAUACUACCAUCGACCAUCUUGGACCAGCCGCGACCCCACCUUGCCUUUCGCCAACUCAGCCUUCAGGAAAUCGUGCAAGAAUACAACGCCGCCAAGCUGGACGUUGGGUUUUCCAAAUCCGAAAGCCGCGAAUCCUUGGAUCUCAACUUUCACGAGUUCCUCCGAUGCAUCCAGCGCCUCGCCAUGGCCAUGAAUCGGUCAUUGUCGUCGUCGGCUGCUGCUGCUGGAAUCGAUGGCCGCAUGUUUGCAUACACCAAGCACCACUCGCUCGUGUCGUCGUUUCAGCACUUUCGCAGCGACAUGCAGUCCCCCGGACAGUCGCAAGUGCACUUAUUUCAACACACGCGGCAACUACACGCAGACGACCGCCAAAUGUCCAAAGUCGUGGCGCUCGUGCAAUCCAGGCUCAAAUCACACUCUUCAUUGCUCUUACCAGCUCCGACGGGGCGCCUGCAGCCCCAGGCCACCGACAUAUCACUCUUUGACCAUCUGCCACCCUUAGCCAUGGACGUCGCCGCCCCCCCAACAACAUCACGCCCAACGACGUCGAUUCGAUCCGAAACGCCCAAGUGUGUCGUCCCCAAGCCGACACAUUUACCCCUGAUGAUCCUGCCAUCGCAGCCGUGUUCCCCGCGGUACUCGGCCACGCGGCCGUUGUCCCUGGGCGGGUCCCCCCGCAUCAAAAUCAUCCGCCCCCCGCUAACGCUCGACGUAUCGCCACAUGUUGCCAGUCCGCUGCCGACCACUUCUAGACCCCCCCCGACGACUGCACAGUACAACGGGUUUGCCAUACCGCCGCUGUCGUCCUCUGAUCGACCGCGAACGCCAUACGAACAUGCGUCGGGAGUAGUAGUCUCUGGAGUAGUAGUCUCUGCACGAUUGCAAUAGCACUUAGUUGGUAGGAGUGUGCAUUUCACCUAAAUGUAGCAGCGCGUCGACUGACAAUGGAGAGUCUUGGGCCAAUAAUAUGUUGGCACAUCGACAAAUCGCACGCGGGAUGCCCCGUAGCGAUUGAAUCACUGGAUGCGCGG